AUGGCCAUUGGUACAUUCACCCUUGAAGGGGAGUGCCCUGACAUCUGCUCUUGGACUCUUUUCAGCGGCGAAUAUGACGAGCAGCGUCCGGUCCUGAUCGAUGCCGUCAACCCAUCUCGCUUCAUCACCAAGGCCACUGCCAUUCGGAUCGUUGCAUCUCUGGCUGGCGCCUUUCGACCGGAUAGCACCGUCUGUCUCCAUCUCGUCAACGAUAUCACCUAUCCUCUCCUGUACCUUGCCAUCCUCGCUUCCAAUGCGCGCUGGGUCGGAACGAACACUGCUUACACUGCUGCUGAACUUACCCACAUCUUCAAGACUUCCAACGCCGAAUACGUCGUCACAGACACCGAGCACCUCGACGCGGCCCGUUCUGCUGUACUUGAAAGCGGUACUGAUGCUGAGAUCAUUCUGUGGUCCGACGUUCUGGUCAACCAGKAUAGCCUUCCGAUACUGGUCAAGCCGUCUGAGAAGCSCCGAGCAUCCCUGAGCCAGCGAACUGUCCACGACUUGCAACACAACGGCACUCUUGAGACUCUCACGUCCGCUCUCCGAUGCAUCAAUGUCAACUCCACGGCCACUCUCAUGGGAACAAGCGGUACGACGGGUCUACCAAAGAUGGCCGCGCGGACUCACAAGGCGCACGUUCUCGAAUCAUUUGCCAUGGAAGACAAUAACUCGGCCAAGCCUUACCCGGUCAUCCGUCUAUUCUGCACGCCUAUCUUUCACGCCUUCUCCUCUCCGGACAUGCUUAUCAAUGCUCUCCGCUCUGGUCACAUGAGCUACUUCAUGAAGCGCUUCGACCUUGUCGUUUUCUCGGAUAAGAUCGCAGAGUAUGGCAUCACAGAGAUUUACGCUCCUCCUCCAAUCCUUGCUGCAUUACACAACAAGCCUGAUACUCAUCUGCAGAUCCAGUCUCUCCGUGGAAUCUACAGUGGAGGUGCGCCACUCAGUUUUGAACUUCGCCUCCGCUUCCUCAGCAUCUUCAAGGACAACCCAACCCCACCACACAUCCGUAUGGUCUAUGGAAUGACGGAGGGCGGAUGGUUCAGCAGCUUCAAAUAUCCUGUGAAUGACGCGACCGGCUCUGUGGGCCAUCUCAUCCCGGGUUACAAAAUGAAAAUGCUUACCACCGGUGAGCAUGCUUCGACACUGGACGACGGAACUGCAGUGGGGGUACUUUACAUCAAAGGCCCUUAUCUCAUGACCGGCUACUUGGGCAAUCCUAAAGCUACAACCGACGCUUUCGACGAAAACGGCUGGUUGGAGACUGGCGACAUCGGCUACAUCCGUGACUCCAAAAUCUACCUCGUGGACCGUGCUAAGGAUCUCAUCAAGUGGAAUGGAUGGCAGAUUUCUCCGGCAGAGGUAGAGGAUGCCCUUCUUAAAUCCAGCGACGUCACGGAUGCUGCGGUUAUCGGUGUGGACCACGAUCUCAAGGAGCAUCCGCUCGCCUUUGUGGUUCGUUCCAAUGACACUGUCACCGUGGAAUCACUCAAGGCUUUCCUCUACACCUGUCUGACGAAGUACAAGGUCACCAGCUUGGAGAUCAUCUUUGUCGAGCCUGAUUACAUCCCCAAAUCCACCACCGGCAAAAUCCUGAAAAAGGAGCUGCGGAAGAGCCCCUUGGUUGUCAAUCGCUAA